AUGCUCAGCAUCCGCGAGCGCGGCCUCUUCGAAAUCAUCAGGCAUUCGAUUGACAGCGGCAAGCCCUUUCUGGGCGUAUGCCUUGGGCUACAACUCCUGCUGGAGUCCUCGGAGGAGGGCGAGGAGCCAUGCCUUGCGAUCCUGAAGGGCAGCACGAAGCGUCUGCCUCCCGAAAAAACGGAUCAGGUCGGCCUCAAGAUUCCGCACAUGGGCUGGAACAGCGUCUCCCUGUCGGUUCAGCACCCAGUUUUCGAGGGAAUUCCGAACGACUCCUACUUCUACUUCGUGCAUAGCUACUAUGCCGACCCCGAGGACAAGGACAUAGUCGCGGGCGUCACGAACUACGGCAUUGACUUCUGCAGUGCGGAAGGCAGCGGCAUGGAGGUAAUCCCGGCAAUAGACCUGCGCGGCGGCAAGUGCGUCAGGCUGUACCAGGGCGACUACGCGCAGGAGACGGUCUAUUCCGACGACCCGCUUGAAACCGCGCUGCGCUGGGUGGACAUGGGCGCCACCAGGCUGCACAUCGUUGACCUUGAUGGCGCACGCGACGGGAGCCCGGCGAACUUGGCAGCCGUAGAGCGCAUAUCAUCUGCUGCGGGCGUUCCCGUUCAUCUGGGAGGCGGUAUCCGCGACCUCAAUACCGCGCGCACGGCGAUUGACUCGGGUGUCAGCAGAAUUAUGCUGGGUACGGCAGCGGUUGAGGAUGCAGACCUGAUUAGCACGCUGCUGAGCGAAAUCGGGAACGAGCGAGUGAUAGUGAGCGUUGAUGCAAAAGAUGGACGCGUAGCGCUCCACGGCUGGUUGCAGGGCAGCGACGCGCUCGCAACCGACCUCGUGGCAGACAUGGCAGCGCUGGGCGUAAAGCGAUUCCUGUACACGGAUAUAUCUCGCGAUGGCACGCUGACCGAGCCGAACUUCGAUGGCGUCAGCGCGCUCGUCAACCAGGGCAACAUACGGCUGAUUGCGGCUGGUGGCAUUGCAACCGUGGCGCAUCUGCAACGGCUUGCGAGACCUUGGCGCUGA